GAAAAAACGACUGCUAAAAAAACCCUAGCAGCAGCUCUCUGCAGUAGAGAUUCGCCAGAGCUCUAGAGAGAGAAAGUAGAGAGAGAAAAUGGUGUCAGGUUCAGGAAUCUCAGCAAAGAGGAUAGUGGUGGACGCUCGCCACCACAUGCUGGGAAGAUUAUCUUCGAUCUUAGCCAAAGAAUUGCUUAAUGGACAGAGAGUAGUUGUUGUGAGGUCUGAGGAGAUUUGCUUAUCCGGUGGUCUUGUUCGGCAGAAAAUGAAGUACUUAAGGUUCCUUCGUAAGAGGAUGAACACUAAACCUUCUCAUGGUCCAAUCCAUUUUCGUGCUCCUUCUAAAAUCCUCUGGCGUACUAUUCGUGGGAUGAUUCCCCACAAAACUAAGCGUGGAGCUGCUGCACUUGCCCGUUUGAAGGUUUUUGAGGGUGUUCCACCCCCAUAUGACAAGAUCAAGAGGAUGGUCAUUCCCGAUGCACUCAAGGUAUUGAGGCUCCGGGCCGGACAUAAAUACUGUCUGUUGGGCAAGCUUUCAUCAGAGGUCGGAUGGAACCAUUAUGAUACUAUCAGGGAUCUUGAGAACAAGAGAAAGGAGAGAGCUCAAGUAACAUAUGAGAGGAGAAAGCAGUUAGCAAAACUUAGGGUUAAAGCAGAGAAAGCUGCUGAGGAGAAGCUUGGUCCUCAACUCGCCAUUAUUGCUCCGAUCAAGUACUGAAGUCGAAAUAUAGUUUGUUUUUGAAGUACAAUUUUGAUGGAGAUUGAUGUUUUGACAUUAGUUUGUUCUUUGUUAUGGGAUGCAGUUUGCAGUUUUAGCAAUAUUUUCGUCAUUUCAUUGGA